AUGUACCGCUCUCCUCGUCUGCCGCACAUCACGCGCGCGCAGGGCAUCGACGAGUGGAAGACCCCCUCCCCGUUCCGCAAGAUCGAGCGCAAGGGCGAGUCCAACCUGGUCGACCGCUCCAAUACCACCAAGAACCUCACCCCGUUCGACCCCAACGGGUUCGCGGCUCUGCUCGGAACGGACGCCGACAAGGAAGACCUCGCUGGCGUCGGCUCCGGCGACGCGUCUGGCGCCGUGCAGGAGACGGAGCCGACCUCGACGCGCUCCGGCUUCCGCUUCGGCAAGUUCUGCUCGACAAAGCUGCUGUGCGUCUUCUUCUCCGUGGUGAUCGGUCUGGGCUGUUCGGCCGUUGCUCUGUCUUCCUAUGGCUCUGCCGGCGUCUCAGAGCUCCUCGACGCGGUGUCCGUGCCCGACGCGGUCGCGAUCCCGGUUCUCGACCUCUCCAACACCACGCCAAAGAACGAGUUCAGCCCCUUUGCCGACGGCUAUAUGAGGCCUGAGGUGCCGGUGCCAAAGGUGGAUGUGUGUGGAAUCAACGGGAACGCGAGAACUGUUGGCUUCCCAGACAUCUUCAUCGGUGGAGGAAUGAAGUCAGGCACGACCUCUCGCUUCGAAUGGCUGCAAGCGCACCCUGAAGUCGCAAAACAAGAAACAAAGGAGACCCACUUCUUCACAACCAACCGCACAGCUCGCGAGGCGGUGGACUUCCUCACCAGACAACUUAGCUGGCAACACCUUUGCAAAUCGCGCUUCAAGCUGGCGUCUUUAGAAGCAACCGCGGGUGGCGCAGAUUUCCCGUUGCAGUAUCGCGCCGCAAAUCCAGCGCUGCGUGCUGUGCUCGUCUUGCGUGAGCCGCUGACUCGGACGAUCAGUGAGCUCCAGCACCGUGCCACAUCUUACUUUAGGGGAGACCGCCCGGAAUGCCUCCGCAGGCUCUUCCUACAACAGUGUCUACAUGAUCUAAAGACGUUCUCCGGCUUCAAGACGUCUCAUUAUGGUGCAAUCGUUCAACAGUGGCUUCAUAGCUUUCCACGAGACCAGCUCAUGGUUGCUCGCUUCGAAGACAUGGUGGCAAGGCCAGCGACCUUUUACGCCGACAUGCUUCGCUUUGCGGGCCUCUCGCCUUUCGACCCAGGUCUUGGCUUCUUUCGGGCAGCUAACAGUGGUAGAUCCAGCGAGGAGCGCCCCUACAACAUGACUACUGCAGGCUUUAGUAGUCUUGUGAACGACUUUGGGUCAGACAUGACAUUGCUGAACUCGCUGAUGCAAGGCGACUUUGAAGUCACCCAGGUUGGGCUGCAAUCGAAGUGCAAAAGCCUCAUAAAUGCCUUGGAAAAGCAAGGCACUUUCAAUACCGUCUACAUGAAAGGGCCUGGGUGGCUGUGCGAGGGCGACACGUGUAUUGACACUCUCUACUGCUCUUCGAAUCGCACAGCCGGAGGCAAAUCGUACCAUCGUGCCAAGAGCAUGGCCAAGAGUUCAGGCAACACUUUCACAUAUGAGUACUUGUUGAGGAAUGCGUCUCUGUCCAGCACGAAGUUCUUGGCUGGCCAGAUGGGAAGUGCCCAUAAUCUGUGGAUGCGCCCGAAGAACUCAAGCACUACGUAUCUGCAAUAUUGCCCAAAACGUGUGCUUGAGUUGCAGGAUACUAUUGAUCUUUACUUGUACCUGAACCCAGAGGCAAGGCCCGCUUCUGUGUCUCUGCUACACUUCGACAAGCUGGAGCUGAUGAGACGUGCAAGCCGUGAGCUUACAGACAUUGACACGCUGUUUUUUGUCAACCACUUUGACCGGAGUCGAUCAUGCAAUGGCACCUGUUGCGGGGCCGCUGAGCGUCGAGUCGUCGACUUCUCGAAGACAACGCCGGAGAUUGAAUUCAAACCUACGCUCGAGACAAAGCGCGGGCCGCUGUUUGCUCCUUUCAACCCCGACACACCAACCGGCCCGUCAGAGUUCUCUAUCCCAACUGAGGCUGUGUUGUUUGGAGAUUAUGGCUCGUUCGCGCUUAGAGUGGUCAACGAAUCGCAGAUCUCGGUCACCCAUGACACUGGCCUGCGCAUCUAUGCCGGUCCGCUCCCACUUAACCAGCAGUCUAUUCUCCGUGCGUGGUGA